ACAGGCUGGUCCUCACACUCAGCACCUCUCUCGGCUCUGGCUUGUCCUGCCUUUUUUAUGAUGGACAAGCUGGCACUUCUGCUACUGCUGGGGCUGCUUCUGAGGGUGACAGUCUGCGGUGUAAGCAACACAACUCAGUGUAAGACGGAUGAGUUCAAACAUGAGAACCUCUGCUGCCAAUACUGUUCUGCUGGCUUUUAUCUCACUAAUCCAUGCCAGAAGAACCAUGAUAAGAGUGAAUGUGCUCCGUGUGAGUCUAACUACUUCACAGACCACAAAAACAGUGAAUCUAGGUGCUUUCCCUGCUCUGGGUGCCGGGACGACCAAGAGGAAGUGACCAAAUGCUCCAGUACGGCUGAUCGUGAGUGCCAGUGUAAGCAGGGCACCUACUGUAACUCUGAAAACUGUCUGGAGAUGUGCCAUGCAUGCAGCAGCUGUCCUGAUGGCAGAGUUAUCAGGAAAUGCAAUGCCACAAUGGAUACUGUGUGCGACAUGUUUGACUCAAAACAAGAACUGCAAGGCCUCUAUAACACUCUGACUAUUGUGGAUAUCAUAGCUGCUGUCAUCAUGGUUACUGCCGCUGUCAUCACAGUUGUUGCCGCUGUCAUCAUGGUUGUUGCCGCUGUCAAAAUCCUGAAAGCCGCAAAAUUAUUUGCGAUUGACAUAAGAGACAGAAGAGCCCUAAAUAGUGUCAACGGCACCACCUCAGCCUCCACUAUGCUGUGAAGCUCUGGAAAGAGCAGAUGGCAUCCCUGAAGCUCCCUGGAUUUAAGGAAGUUGAGAUUCCUGAACAUGGAAACUGAGGAAACAAUGAACAGUGGCAAGCUCAACACUAUUAUUUCUAAACUUAAGACAGACCUUGCAGGAAUGUGUUUACAAACUAUGACAAUUUAGCUGCUAAAAAUUAUGUCAAGUGUCCUUUGGUACCAGACUGAAACAUUCCAAAUAGCCCAGCUGAAUUUGGAGCUGACACUCAUCCUACUGUAUACCCUGUGGACCCUAAGAUGUGUAAUGUGCCUUUCUCUCUUGUGAAACUCAGCAGUCCUGUAUGCAGCCAGAGGGUUUCCCUCCUCGAAGCCUGCCAUGGCUGGCCUUAGAGAUUUGAGGUUUUGUGCUGUGAACUUGUAAGCUAGAACCAAUUUGGGUUCAUGGUACUCAGAAUGUCUUCCUAGAAGCCAAGGAUGGGAGGACCCAAAAUAGUUGUCCUUUGAGCCCACAUCAAGAUGUGGCCAAGACAAAGUGCUUUGUUAUACAUAUAAAUUCAUAACAAAGUUCCCUGACUGGCCAGCCUGAGCCACUUGAACUUUGCCACAUCCAACACUGGGAAUAGUGUCUGUGUUUGUAGGUUCUCCAUCACCUGGGUGUCUAAGAACUAGCCUUAGUCUUCAUUCCUCUCAAACUACGCUGAGCAGGUGUAGGUGUGAAUGACAAUUUCUCAUAAGCUAUGUUUAAAUAGGUUAAUUGAUUAAUUUAUUGUUAGUAUUCUUUUGUUUUGGAGUUUUUGAGAAAAGGUUUCUCUGUGUAGCCUUGGCUGUCCUGGAUGUCCCUUUGUAGACCAGGCCGUCCUGGAACUCACAGAGAUCCACUUGCCUCUACCUCCCAAGUGCUGAGAUUAAAGGCAUACACUAUUACUCCCCGGCUUAACAUUUUAAUGAUGUAGGGAAGCAUAACUUAGGCUAGACUUAGGCUAUAACUUAGGUUAGUUCCAACCUAGAACAUAGCAAUGUCUUGCCUCCCUCUGGGUCAGAACUAGCAUCCUGUAGAGGACACAAGGUCCUUGUGGUCACAGGGAAGCACAUCAGAAACCAGAAAUGUUAAACGCACAGGGUUGUCUCCUCAACAAGGAAGCUGUAGACCUGUUUCCAGCCAGAAGUCUGGGGAUGGAUGUAGUUAACAUCCUGCUGAUCUGUGUCAUCUGUAGAUCCAGGCCACACUUGAAUCUCCCAGACUUUGUUUAUUCUAGACUCUUCCUCUAUAGGCCUUUUUCUUGAGCAUUGUUGCUCAAAAAAUCCUGUCUUUAUGGGAUAUGUCACUUGUGCCCUCCCCCAGCCUUGAGCAAGCCAGAAAGUCCUUGUUUCCACAAUAGACCUAUUGUAAUAAGACCUAGGUGGAGUCAUCCACCUUGGCUUCAGGUACAACUCCUAUAGGAACUUAGAAGAAUAGACUGCCCACUGAGCUUGCUUUGUGACAUAAUCUGACUGAAACAAAAGAUGGAUUUGAAGGGGCUUUCCCUAUAUUAAACGAUAUAUAUAUUAAAGCUGAAUAUUAAACUUUGAGCCUUGAUCGGAAAA